UCGAUCCCCCUUAUCUGACGUCGUUUUGCUUUUCUGAUAAUAACAAAUUCUAUUUCUUCAUCAUCGUCUCCAAAUCCAGACAGCCGUUCAAUCGAACAACGAAUGGCGAUUCGUGCAAUACUUAAACCUCUGUCGAAACGACAUCUUCCUCUCUAUGCGACUUCCAUUUCUCGAUCAGCGAGCACAUUGGUUUUGGGGGAGCACGAGAACGGUUUAAUCAAGGGUCAAUCAGUGAGUGCUGUGGAUGCUGCUAAGUGUUUGAGUGAAGACAACCCGGUUUCAAUGUUAUUGGCCGGGUCGGGUCCUUCUCUUAAAGAAGCCGCUCAACAUGCUGCUUCUUGUCACCCUUCCAUUUCUCAGGUACUUGUAGCUGAUUCGGAUAAAUUUUCGUAUCCCAUUGCUGAACCUUGGGCAAAACUAGUCCACAUGGUUCAGCAAAGAGAUGGAUACUCGCACAUAAUCUCUGCUUCGGGGUCAUUUGGGAAAAACAUACUUCCUCGUGCAGCUGCCCUUUUGGAUGUUUCUCCGAUUACUGAUGUUAUUGAAAUCUCUGGUUCUAGUCAAUUUGUUAGGCCAAUUUAUGCUGGGAAUGCGCUUUGUACAGUUCGAUAUACAGGUGCCAACCCUUGUAUGUUGACCAUUCGAUCCACAUCAUUUCCAGUGCCCCCUAGCUCAGCUGCUUCACAAUCGAACGAGGCUCCUAUUACCCAGGUUGAUCUCUCAACCUUAGAUGAAGAUUCUAUAGGUAAAUCUAGAUAUGUAAAGCAUACAUCUCAGGAUGCAGAGCGCCCUGACCUUGGAAGUGCACGUAUUGUAGUCACUGGAGGUCGAGGGUUGAAAAGUGCUGAGAACUUCAGGAUGAUUGAGAAGCUUGCAGAGAAACUUGGUGCAGCAGUUGGAGCUACUCGUGCUGCUGUUGAUGCUGGAUUUGUUCCUAAUGAUCUCCAGGUUGGACAAACUGGAAAAAUUGUUGCUCCAGAAUUGUAUAUAGCUUUUGGUGUUUCAGGAGCCAUUCAACAUUUAGCCGGCAUGAGAGACUCCAAGGUCAUUGUUGCUGUAAAUAAAGAUGCAGACGCACCAAUCUUCCAGGUAGCUGAUUAUGGUCUCGUGGGCGAUCUCUUUGAAGUGAUACCAGAAUUGCUGGAGAAGAUUCCUGAAAAAAAAUAGAUCUGAUGUACUUGAAGUCCAAGUGCCAAAACAUUGCCAUAUAGUACAUGGUUCAAAUUACAGUAAUAAAAAUCAACUUUGAAUAAA